AUGGCACCCUCACCUCUUCAACAAAGAAGAACACACAAUACAUUGCUGUUUCAAAAAUUACUCAAUUUGAGGGAUGGAGCGAGUCCCUUUACGCUAGUCCUGGAUUCGUUGGCGCAGAGUGGGAGGGCGGUUGUGGGGGAGUUUUGGAGGAGGGCUUUGAUCUCGAAAUCCAAAGUUAUCUUCAUAUCUUUCUCCACCCUUCAGAAACGCCUCCAUUUCACUCCAGAUGUUUUUAUUCCAGCCCAUAGCAAAUCACUCUCCCAGCUUCGUCGGGAAAUCGUUUCACAUCUACCUUCACCUACAACUCCUCCAUCAGCGUCUCAGCAAAAGAUCCUCCUCAUAAUCGAUAAUCUAUACCCCCUCACAACCCACCCAGACCACCUCUCUCCCUUCCUCUCUUCCCUCAUCAUUCACCCUACAAUCUCCCUUCUCUGCACCCACCAUCUCGAUAUUCCCCUCCCACCCUCCUCCACAAACACAAACCCCUACACCCCCAGCCCUCUAACAACCCUCCUCUUCCUCGCCACCGCCAUCAUUGAACCCCACAAUUUCUCCCACGAACUAGCUCGCAAACGCGCUCGCGACAAGUCCGCCCGCGAACCCGAAUUUGGUAUUGCCGAAGGAAAAGAAGGUGUGAUCAUGGGAUUUGCAAACGGGACCACUGCAGAUACCAAACAUGGGGAAAUCGUCCUCACCCUCGAACUACGCCGUAAAUCCGGGCGCGGCAUUCGCGAGACAUUUAUCUACACCCCUCCCCCUCACUUCACUGCAUCCCCAACAACGAAAGAUCUAGGCACCAUUCAACUCCUCGACGAACAUGCAUCCUUUGCAGCUCCAGAAAUCUCGGAUCAUUUGUCGGCUCAGAAUGAUGGGAAGGGAGAUGGAGAUGAGGGAUUAGAAGGGGAUGUGACGUUCAAUCUGGGGUUGACGGAGAAACAGAAGAGGGAUAGGGAAAAUGUCGUCUUGCCGUAUUUUGAUGCGCAGAAGGAAGGGGGGAUUGGGAGUGGGGGGAAGAUUCUUUAUGAGAUGGGGACGGAGGAUAGGGAGGAUUUUGAUGAUGAGGAGGAUGAGAUUUGA